UCCCGGCUGCUCCUCUCCGGCCCCGGCGAGUCCGGCUCCUCCCGAGCAACUUUGCGGCGGGCCCGGAGGCCCGAGGGCGUCGCAGCGCCGCGUGCGGCCAACUUUUGGGCCGGAUGGACCCCAGCGCCCCUCCUCCCGGCCCCUCCGGCCCACAGCCGUCGCCACCCCCACAGCCCCAGGCUCGCUCACGCCUCACUGGCACUUCCUCAGCGAAACAGGAGAAGAGUGGGGCACCCCGAGCUCCUGGAGCCCAACUUGGACCUGGGCCAGAUGUGGGAGACACAGCGGCCUCGGCAGUGCCCCAGGCCCUUCAUGGCAGGAGCCGAGAACAAGCGGAUGGAACAGGGCCCGUGAAGGGAGACGCAGAAACCCCCUUUGAAGAAGUCCUGGAGAAGGCCAAGGCUGGGGACCCCAAGGCACAGACAGAGGUGGGCAGACACUACCUGCAGCUGGCCGGCGACGCGGACGAGGAGCUCAACAACUGCACGGCCGUGGACUGGCUGACCCUGGCCGCCAAGCAGGGCCGGCGCGAGGCCGUCAGGCUGCUCCGCAGGUGCCUGGCAGAGAGAAAAGGCAUCACCUCCGAGAACGAGCAGGAGGUGAAGCAGCUGUCCUCCGAGACCGAGCUGGAGCGGGCCGUGCGCAAGGCGGCCCUGGUCAUGUACUGGAAGCUCAACCCCAAGAAGAAGAAGCAGGUGGCCGUGUCUGAGCUGCUGGAGAACGUGGGCCAGGUCAACGAGCACGAUGGAGGGGCACAGCCAGGCCCUGUGCCCAAGUCAGUGCAGAAGCAGAGGCGGGUGCUGGAGCGUCUGGUCAGCAGCGAAUCCAAGAACUACAUCGCGCUGGACGACUUUGUGGAGAUCACCAAGAAGUACGCCAAGGGCAUCAUCCCCUCCGACCUGUUCCUGCAAGAUGACGAGGACGACGAGCUGGCGGGCAAGAGCCCCGACGACCUGCCCCUGCGCCUGAAGGUCUUCAAGUACCCCCUGCACGCCAUCAUGGAGAUCAAGGAGUACCUGAUCGAAAUGGCCUCCCGGGCCGGCAUGCACUGGCUGUCCACCAUCGUGCCCACCCACCACAUCAACGCCCUCAUCUUCUUCUUCAUCAUCAGCAACCUGACCGUCGACUUCUUCGCCUUCUGCAUCCCCCUGGUCGUCUUCUACCUGUCCUUCAUCUCCAUGGUGAUCUGCACGCUCAAGGUGUUCCAGGACAGCAAGGCCUGGGAGAGCUUCCGCAGCCUCACCAGCCUGCUGCUGCGCUUCGAGCCCAACCUGGACGUGGAACAGGCCGAGGUCAACUUCGGCUGGAACCACCUGGAGCCCUACGUGCACUUCCUGCUGUCCGUCGUCUUUGUCAUCUUCUCCUUCCCCAUCGCCAGCAAGGACUGCAUCCCCUGCUCGGAGCUGGCCGUGGUGGCCGCCUUCUUCACCGCCACCAGCUACAUGAGCCUGAGCACCUCUGCCGAGCCCUACACCCGGAGGGCCCUGGUGACCGAGGUGGCCGCUGGCCUGCUCUCCCUCCUGCCCGCCCUGCCCUUCGACUGGCGCUACCUGAAGUUCCUGGGCCAGACCUUCUUCACCGUGCCCGUCGGCCACUUCGUCGUCCUGAACGUGAGCGUCCCCUGCCUGCUCUACCUCUACCUGCUCUUCCUCUUCUUCCGCAUGGCCCAGCUGCGGAAUUUCAAGGGCACCUACUGCUACCUGGUGCCCUACCUGGUCUGCUUCAUGUGGUGCGAGCUCUCCGUGGUCAUCCUGCUCGAGUCCACCGGCCUGGGGCUGGUCCGCGCGUCCAUCGGCUACUUCCUCUUCCUCUUCGCACUCCCGAUCCUGGUGGCCGGCCUGGCGCUCAUGGGCGCGGUGCAGCUCGCCCUCUGGUUCGUGUCGCUGGAGCUCACCAAGAUCACGGUCACGCUGGCGGUCUGCAGCGUCCCCCUGCUGUUCCGCUGGUGGACCAAGGCCAAGUUCUCGGUGCUGGAGAUGGUCAGGUCCCUGACGCGGAGCUCCAUCGUCAAGCUCAUCCUGGUGUGGAUCUCGGCCAUCGUGCUGUUCUGCUGGUUCUACGUGUACCGCUCGGAGGGCAUGAAGGUGUACAACUCCACCCUGAGCUGGCAGCAGUACAGCCACCUGUGCGGGCCGCGGGCCUGGAAGGAGACCAACAUGGCGCGCACCCAGAUCCUCUGCAGCCACCUGGAGGGCCACCGGGUCACGUGGACGGGCCGCUUCAAGUACGUGCGGGUGACGGACAUCGACAACAGCGCCGAGUCGGCCAUCAACAUGCUCCCGUUCUUCGUCGGCGACUGGCUGCGCUGCCUGUACGGGGAGCCCUACCCCGCCUGCCACCCCGGCAGCGCGCCCACCGCCGAGGAGGAGCUGUGCCGCCUCAAGCGGCUGGCCAAGCACCCCUGCCACAUCAAGAAGUUCGACCGCUACAAGUUCGAGAUCACGGUGGGCAUGCCCUUCAGCGCCAACGGCAGCCGCGGCCCGGAGGAGGACGACGUCACCAAGGACAUCGUGCUGCGGGCCAGCGGCGAGUUCAAGGCCGUGCUGCUCAGCCUGCGCCAGGGCAGCCUCAUCGAGUUCAGCACGGUCCUGGAGGGCCGCCUGGGCAGCAAGUGGCCCGUCUUCGAGCUCAAGGCCAUCAGCUGCCUCAACUGCCUGGCCCAGCUGUCGCCCGCGCGGCGGCACGUGAAGAUAGAGCAGGACUGGCGCAGCACCGUCCACGGCGCCGUGAAGUUCGCCUUCGACUUCUUCUUCUUCCCCUUCCUGUCGGCCGUGUGAGGACGGCCCCGGGGGCGGGUCAGGCACGGCGCUGCCGGACCUUCCUCCCGGGGGCGGCCCAGCCAGACGGCAACACUAUGCCGAGUGUGCGCGCUCGUGUGUGCUCGUGAGGGACCUCGGUUGUGCUGUCCGGUCGCCUCCGCCGACGCUGCCCGCUUCCAGUCGCUCGGAGUGCCCAGGCGGAAAUCGCAUGCAGCCUGGGCCCCGCCCGGCCCUGCAGAGUGACCUCGUGUCCAGCUCGUGUCCGGGCUGCUGCCCUGAGGAGCACCGUGCACUGACCUUCUCCCUCCCCAGCCCGCAGGCGCCCACCCCGUCCUCACUUCCGUUUCGGGUUUGUUCUGAAUGUGCUGCUGUGUGAACACAACGUAACACUUGUACUUACCUGGCGGCUGCUAAGCUCUGCGCGCUGCCGGAGCCAUGCCCGGGGCACGCGCCACGCUCCUUCCAGGCGGGCGCCGGCCAGGCCGCAGCUCCGCACAGCAUGUCCUGAGCUCGGUCCACAGCUGCCGCACGCUUCUGUGGUGGGCUGAGUGCUGGGGGUCUCGCCUGAGUCCCCCGCACAGCCCUCAGAAAGCUUGGCCCUGUUCCGGAACGGAGCGCAGAAAGGCAAGGUCCUGAAGCAGCCGAAAUAAA